CGCAGAGAAGCAAACCAGAUCCCUACGAUUUCUGGCGGGAAAAUUGUGAAAAUUAUUAUAGUAACAAAAAACUGAGGAAGUCUUUAAAUUUCAGUAAUAGCUAAAGCAGCCAUGGCGUUUGAGUGAUUCAGUUUAUUUUUUGUAGAAUACAAAUAGAGAAAUGGGAUCCGAAACUUCUCUCCCCAAGUGGGCAUCUACUCCUUGCAUUAUGGGCAUUGAUGAAGCCGGGCGUGGCCCUGUUUUAGGACCCAUGGUAUAUGGUUGCCUUUACUGUGCUCGCUCUUAUCAGAAAACUCUUGCUACCUUGAAUUUUGCUGAUUCAAAGACUCUAAAGGAAGAGAAGAGGGAAGAAUUGUUUGAGAAUUUAAAAGCUGAUGAGUCGAUAGGGUGGUCUGUUGAUGUUAUAGAUCCAAGGGAGCUCUCAGCUAAAAUGCUAAAGAAGAAUAAGGUGAACCUGAAUGAGAUAUCACAUGAUUCUGCAAUCGGUCUCAUCAAUAGGGUAUUGAAUAUGGGAAUUCUUCUAACUGAGGUUUACCUUGAUACAGUUGGAGAUGCUGACAAGUAUAGAAUCAAACUGUCUGAAAGAUUUCCAUCCAUCAAAUUUGUUGUUGCAAAGAAGGCUGAUAGUCUUUAUCCAGUUGUGAGUGGGGCAAGCAUAGUGGCUAAGGUAACCAGAGACAGAGCCUUGCGAGAAUGGGUGCUGGAGGAAACUUCUGAAAACAUGCAUGGGAGUUUUGGUUCUGGAUAUCCAGGAGAUCCUGAAACAAAGGCUUGGCUGGCACAUCAUAAACACUCAGUCUUUGGAUUCCCAACACUAGUCCGCUUCAGUUGGGGUACAUGCACUUCAUAUUACAAGGAUAUGGUUGAAGUGUUAUGGGAAUCUGAUAAGGUGGAUGAAGAUGUUGGUUAUGGCAGCAGUGGGAAGCAAUUGAAAUUAAGUAAUGUUGGUUUCGGCAAGGCGGCGAAGCGGAAAAUUGAAGAAAUAGAAUCAAGUGGUAAAGGGAGAUGUAAGUUCUUCCAUUCUCGUAAGCUUGAGCAACUCACUCAUUUCUAGGAAUGCACUUUGAUUCCAUGACUUGGUUUCUUGGUUGAAUCCUUUGAUUUACUUUAUGAUUUAUUAUAUAUAAAUUUCUAGAUGGAACUCCUUGGCCAUGCAUCUUAUUCUUGAUUAUGCAAUAUAUAUUCCUAAUUAAGAUUGUAGAACAUUUAACUUUGCCGUACUGUAUUGUUUCUUUUGUUAUUA